UGCUGGAAAGCCACGGAAAAGAGAGGUCGCAGGAUUCGAGGCUCAUCGCAUCGAUGGAAUAGAUCGAUCGUUACGAGAAGGAUGGUUGUUGGCUACUUUCAGACGUAUUGGUGACGUUCUAUUCAAAGAUGGCGAUGGCGAGUGCGCCAUGUUUCCUGUGAUGUUCGAGCGUUAGAGAAAUUUUUGGGAAGCUUGAUUCGUAUGAGCAAAAUGGCUGAUGAUGACCCGUCGCUACUGCAGGAAGACGGUUGCCUGAACGUGGACACCGAGUGCAAGAGCAUAAUCUAUCAUGCCAAUUUAAACGUUCUACUUAUCACCACAAGCAGUGCACAAGUAUACGUAUUCGAUGUCAACUCCGGCGUGAUUUUGCAAAGAAGUUUUCUCUCUGGUAAAACAAAUGGAAAACUGCAAGGAGUUUACUUAUCUGAUGGAGUAGAUAAGGUACUGUAUACGGAUGGAAGGGGAAUCGGCAUACGUAGUGAUUACAAUGGGGUCUUGCUGUUGGACACAAUACUGCAAACCCCAGUUUCUAAGAGCGAAGAUGUCAUCAAGUUAGAAUUACUGCUAUCGGAGGCUACGAUAUUACUUCAAUGCCUACAGUGUAUAGAGCUGCCAGGGGUAGAACAUUUGCUGGAAGUAUUGCAAGAACUUUCAAGUAAAAUUGUUGCUGCUCAAGCCAAUCAGAAGAAAGGCAUUAAAGCUCAAAAAUGGAACACGAUAUGUUUGGAGCUGCCGCACGGAUCUUUGAAGCUUGUCUGUUCCAACUUAGUGAUGGAAUUAAAAAGGCAAAAUCGGCAUAUAGCAGCGCUGCCUAUCGCCUCCGCGAUUAAUGAACGACUUAAUGGCCUACUGCCUAGUCUCGCGUUAGAAAAUGGUCCCAUUGAUAGAGCAUCAAUGUUCAGUGAAGCAGCGCGUCGCAAUACCUUUCCGAAAUGGCCACAUAUGAAUUACAAGUGGGCUUUACCCGAUCAAAUGGCACAGGCUGGUUUCUAUCACGAACCAAAUGCCACUGGUGACGACAGAGCGAUGUGUUUCACUUGUAACGUGUGCUUAGUAUGCUGGGAACCUACCGACGAACCAUGGUCGGAACACGAGAGGCAUUCGCCCGCUUGUCCAUUUGUUAAGGGCGAGUACACGCAAAAUGUUCCGCUGUCCGUGAUCCUCGCAACCGCACCCGCUCGUGAGGCGAGUGACACGGUGGAUGUGAUCGGUACUACUAACGUCACGGGUCUCGCGGCUACAGCCUCUUCCAAUGGUUUUAUAAAUAUUUGGAACAUGAUGAGUCAGCUAAAAAGGGAAAUAUCAUUUUACGUAUCUCCAUUGGAUCAAGAAGUAAACAAUAAAGAAUCGGUGCAGUUCUGUGCUGCGAGGAAUUUGACGACUCCGUAUUUAACGAAUCUUGGUUCAGAGACCGAUUCGCUGUCGGAAUAUAACUCGCCGUCGUCGUUUUAUAAACUGCAAGUCACGGCGCUUUCGAUAGUGGGACCGGCAGUGUCUUCGAAAGAGGAGGCGAAAAGUACUGGCUCCACAACCUCGUCCUCCAUGAACAUUGAGACGAUGUCAGAGCACAAGAUCCGGCCGUGUUUAGUGUGUGGGGUUACAGUGACAGUUAAUAAUCCCUCUCAAUUGAGGACCUUGGAAAACGUAUGGGCCGCCUCGACCGAUCUAGCGAGCUCGUCAUCGCUGGUGCGAGCGAUGAACAGUGUAAAUAGUGCCACCAGUGAUACUUUAGAUAUAAUGAAAGUAGCCGGUGAUAGGUACGCAUCGUCCAAAUUGCACUAUUUAGUGUUGUAUGACUUUCAUCAUAAAACUGCGACGACGCAGCCCGUCAAAGAGGACAAUUCAAAAGAGUCCAAGACUAAAAAGACCCUAUCCGGAACAGGAACGAGCGCGAGCUCGAACGUCGGGCGCCAGGAGAGCCUGUACCAGGAGCUUUUCCUCGGAAAAUUUUUGUGCGAAGUGCCAGUUAUCGAAGACGUAGACUCGGACAUCGCAGUUGGCCCGCCUUACGACGGUAUAUUCCCGACUAUUUCUUUGACCGCCUCGUCCUCAAAUGGCAUUUACUCGAAUCCCAUUGGUAUUACCGCUCCAACGACCUCGACACCCUAUGAUCCUAAUUUCGCUCCUAUUAACAGCUCCACCCAUUUUGCAUCGACGUCCGACUUGACGACAAUAAACAAAAAGAGCUUGGAUCUCAUAAAGAUCACUAAAGCUGAGCCUGUAGUCGUCAAGACGUUACCCAUUAACGCGCCGAGCUCUCUCCGCAUUACGUACAUAACUCCGUCGAAGGAUGGCAGACACUUGUACGUCGCGAUGUGCCCUGCAAUUGACAAUGCUUCCGCCGAGUCAUCUUCCGUUAAACCGUCAAAUAUCAAUCAAAUGGACGUCGACGAUGAGAGCGACUUUUUUCCACAAAAAAGUUACAUGUACUGGGACCAUAACGAUAGCCAAUCCAGUAAACUGAUAAGCAACAGCGAAACCCGCGCCAACGAGAGCCACGCAAAUCCCGUGUUGUUCAUCUACGCUCUGGAUUUCUCGGGCCCAGUGGUCAAGGUGGCAUUGGAGCCGCUGGUCAAACGAGAAUUACCUUUAGAACAAGUACCGAUGGAGCAUGUGCUUCUGCCUCUUCAGGAGAGACAAAGACCUUCAACAUCCUCCAGCAAUGUUUUCGGCUCCAGUACCAAUUCUAGUAGUAACUCGACUGAUCGGGAACCUGUCGGCCAAAUCGCCCUAGUGUGUAAAGACGGCGUGAUCAGGCUAUUGAACUUAAGUACACUGAAGACUGUGACGGAGGCGAGAUUAGACGGAAAGAGAUUUAUCUCGGCGACUUAUUGCAACAGUUUGGAAAGGCUGUGCGCGUGCACGAGCGAAGGCACGCUGCAUUUCUUCAUUACAGUGGAAGAAGAGGAUUCUGCGGAGGAAAAAGAAGACGUUGACAUGGGUAGCGAAGACAGCUGCAUUAGUGAAAAUGCAGCUCCUAGUACUUCUACUUCGUCGAUUUCUCACGAUCAAUUAUUGGCACAUAAAUCGAAUUUCUCGUACUCGGAUUUGCGGCUCUUGUAUGAACUCACGCGGUUCGAUCGACAUUCUCCCCCGAACAGUGCGACCGUUCCUCCAUGUUGGAGUGAAAUGAUGCAGGCUCAGAGACAGAGACGUCAUCCGCAGCAUCUUCAUCAGUCAGAAGAUCAACAUCGUACAAGAACGUGGCGGUUACAAAAUGACGCGACUACCUGGGAUGAACAUGUGUUUGAGCUGACUUUACCUCGAAAUGCAUCGGGAAGUAUAGGGCACAUUGACGUUCGGUUUACUUUGCACACGUUCUGUCAAAAGUUACAAGAGACUAUCCAAGUUACUCUGUUGAAGCAAAAUAUAAAAAGAAUUGGUCAUCGGAAAACACCUCUCGUAUUUGUAGACGAGAGAAUCGACUUUAACAUCGGGACGGAUCAGAAAAGCGAAAAUCCGGUUGUGACAGAGGAAUAUCAACGACAACAUAACACCGAAAUACUCUGUGGCCCUAUCGAUUUGCACCGUUGCAUGGACCUGUCGUGCCGAUCGGGAUGCGUAACAUUAACGAGCCCGAAAUUAUUUCGCUCGAAAGCUAGGACGUUGCUCGUUCACAUUAAAGCUUUAAUAGAUCCAAAAGAUAAUGCAUCCGGUAAAUCAAAAACAAAUCUAGCGGAGAGUAAACCACCUACCUGCAAAAAAUUAAAAAUAUUCGAGGUACGUCCACUUGCAUCUGGUAGCUCUGGAGAACGGUUCGACGAAGGCGCGAGCAGCAAAAAAUUGUAUGUCGGUUGUAAUUGUAUUCACGAAAUCUCCAUCACGGUCAGAUCGGUACGUCCCACCGGUAUACCUAACGAGAGGAUGCAGAGAUGUGCCAUGCUAGAAUCCAAGGUCUUUGUCAACAAUCUCCUAAACGUCGCGUGUUUGCAAGGAUCGGUUGAUUCUCUUGUCGCGCAAUCCAUGGCUCUCGAUAUUCUCAUCUGGGUAGUUUCGAUAAGAUUGACGAGAUUGCGCAGCAUUCAGGAUGCUGCCGAAAUAAAGGCUCUGCAAUUGGAGACGAUACGUUCUGUGCAAGAACGAUUAUCUAGCUUAUUACGGACGUGUCUCUUGCACGCUGGCAGGAGCGUAGCACACAAAUGUGUCAAAUUAAUUGUUCUUUGCAGCGGGGGAUUUUACAAUAUAGAGGAUUCAUCGGCACAAACUUUCGACGAGGCUAUGCUCUCCGUUUUGGUUAAUUUAUUGCCGUCGAUCAUGGAAGUCCAGUGGGCCGGUUCAUUGAGAUGGCUGCAAUUGCUCAUUACCAGAUUUCUGCCGUUGGAUAGGAAUCACAACAUCGCCCAGAAGUGUGUCUCUUUGGUGCAACAAAUAGCCACUGAAAUAUCUAACAGAGUGAAUCCAUAUCAUCUCUUGCUCGCAACAAGGUUCGGCCUGUACAACACACCCUUCGAGACGGAACUCUUUGACUUGGAGCCGCCGAUGCUACCCAAGUUUAGUUCAAUGCCUAUCACGUUCAAUGCCUCCAUUAUAGCUGGCGAGCAAACGGGUCCAUCUGUUGCUUCGUCGAGCACCAUGCAUUCGAGCAAGAUGUAUUCACAGGAUUCCAUCGACCUGAGGGACCUACUCACACUGCCUAUGCACUCCUCUAGCGAAUUUGCAGUACCAAGCAAGUUGAAGGCAUUGUGCACUAACCACAAUAUGAAAGGUCUUCUCGAGGUUGAGCCUCUUCAUUUUACUUGUCACGCCGCCUCCGACGGCACAAAAAUGGAAAAGAUCGAUCCUGGCAUAAGUACGAUCAAUAUUGGUCCCACUCUCUAUGAUAGUACAGCGACUAAUAACGGUGUACCUGAUAUCAAAACGAUACAUCAUACUUACAACUUGGACGCUGGAUUGCUAGGACUAGACGUUCAGACUAAAUCGACAGCCACGAUAGGCGAUCUGCUUAGUAUGUAUACAGGAAGAGUGCUAAACAAGCCGUCUCCACAACUAUUGCUCACACCUGAUGAACAAUCAGACUGUGACGAAGCUAACGAUAUGUCUAACGACAACCAGGCUUGGCAUAGCUCACAAAAUAAUAUGCCUACUUCAUACAUAUUAAAUUCCAUUGCGAAAGAAAAGUCAUCUGUACAAAAUAUCAAUAUUGCUGUAAACAAAGCUGAGGAGGGCAAUUCUAAAAAGCGAGAAGAUAUUACAUUUCCAUGGGGAAGAUUGUUGUGUUGGCCGCCACAGCAAGCAUUGGUCGUUGAACGAAUGCACGCGGGAGCUCGUCGAUUCGUCAUUUUAGACUUUGGGGCGCCUGUAUUAUUGACCGACUUAAUGAUUCCUUCGUGCAAUGACUUAUUAUCAUUAUCCAUAGAUAUCUGGACUAAGAGCGAAGAAACUGAUGGUACUCGACUUAUCGUUGCCGGUGAUAUUGGUAAUAAGCCAUUGACCGUCUGCGAUCUUCAGCCACCACCUGUGUGCAGAUAUCUCAAGAUUACUACGAUAGGACGUUACGGAAUGUCCACAACCACGUGUAAAAUUCCAUUAGGAAUGUUUUACGGACACAUGGUAGUUUUGCCUGGAGAGGACUAUUCAGAAUUAAGCGAUUCUUCGUCGUUUGAAGAUAACAUCUCAGAUCCCUCUUUACAAGUCACCAUUGAUACGCAAUGUAAUAUAUUGUCAGCUUUAGCAGAGGAUGUACAAUGCAGAUUUAGUUUGGCAACUGAAAGAUUAAAAACUCUGUUGGAUCCUUUGUUGUGUUCGGAAACUCCGAACGUUAUGCACAUGCAGCAUUAUCUUUAUUACAACAAGAUGCCUAAUGAAAAUAAGGAACAGCCAUCAGCGAAGAUACUGUCGACAUAUCAGGAAUGUAUCAUGUUUCAACAUCAAUUAAACAUAGUACGAGGUGUCUGGCGACGUCUCGAAUCGUGGAGAGGUUUGCGGAAUGUGCCAACAACGUCUUUCGCGAACGCACCUAGCGACAAACUGCGAGUCCUCGGUGAGACUCUGCUCGAUAUUCUACUGUAUACUGUUUAUGAAAUUGAUCCAGUGCCUAAUUUGUGCCGACCGACAUCAUUAUAUGAAGUUUUUACUCCAACAAUAUGCGAGAAACUUUUUCAUUCGAUAUGUGUCGUAACGCCAGCUCCACGCUUGCAGCUUCAUGCUGCUGCACUCUUAGCUGGUAUGGCAGGAAAUCAGCCAUGGUGGGGCAACUUUUUAUCAAAUACUCUGAUAAAUCUCUACUCCUCCUCGUCCACUCAUAUUUUUCCACAAGAUAGGGUAUUUAUUUUAUUAACGUUUCUUGGACGUAAAUCCUUAAUAACCGGAGGAAAUAAACCCUCAGUUAUCGAAUCUAUGGUUCGUACGUUGGGUAAAUUACUGGCUCCUCUUACGAACGGACAACUGUCCGAUUCCAAUAGACUGGACAUUACCUUGAUAGGCUGGGUAUUGUUGUUUCUGUCGGUAUGCUUAGAUACUAUUGCUCCGUCAUUAUAUCUCGAGGAUACUCACGAGAAGAACAAAGAACAAGGUUUAUUUUCUCGCUGGGAGUUUAUUCAAGGCGAAUCGGCGAUGCAAAGGAGAUACGUUAGUGCUAACCGAUCAUCGGCUUCUCGUAGCUAUCGUAAAAAAUUACAGAAACGUUUGUGGCAGCAUAAACAACAGCUUCACGAAUUGGAACAAGUGAAAAAAGCUGCAAUAUUUAAAGGCUGGACGAGUCAUGCUUCUGAUGCGGCUACAUUGUACACCAAACUAGAAGCAAGUCUAAAGUUCCAGGAGCGUUAUUUUAAGAAGACGCUAAAGCAGCAUUCUGCGAAACAUUAUAAGGACAUCUCUAAAAGAAACGAGACGCUUCAUCGAAAUCCAUGUUGCAAUCAAACGCGAUCCAGUGCCAGUAAAUCGGACAUUAUGGAUUUGGAAGUUGAGUAUAACGUGGCGAAUUUGUCUCACCAGUACGUCUUACCUGUAGCGCGUGGUCUCGUUGCGCUUAUUUUGCAUAAUUCAGGAAAUGUGGAUAUAUUUUUAUUAGCUUGCAAGGUAGUCGCUAAGCUAGUGUUGUCUACACGUCCUGCAAUUGGCUUAAAUGAGCUUAUGACCGAGGAACAAUUGCUAAAAUUAAUCAGAUUGGCAACGGGUACGUCCAAUGCUGCGUGGUCCUCACAUGCCGUGUCCUGUCUUCUAAUGGACCUACUAGAAGGAGGGAAAUUGUAUUCUCGAACAUGUUCUCUCCACGAAGGCAGCUCGUCAGAAACCUCUCCGUCCUUGGAGUCUCUAGCGAGUCACACGGAAGAAAGCCGUUCUACGGAUGAAGACACGACUAGCGUUGCAAGCACUAGCGCACCUUCUGCCGCCACGUUAGGCGAAGGAUUGGUUGAGAAGAAUACAGAUGAGGAUGUGCAAGAUAAUAUGACGAUGGCCACGACUAUCUUGUCGAAAUUCAAUGGUUCUUAUCUUCCGUCUCUUUUGGAGUCCGACGAUAGUCUAGAAUUAGAAGACAUCCUCGACGACAUAUUAGAUGGUGGAAAGAAUUUAUUGAGGAGCGAUAACGCAGUAUCGAAGAUCUUAACUUCGGCUAUUACUGGCAGUAUUUCUUUAGCAAUGGACGCACGAUUGGAAUAUGGUGUCGAAAUGGGCGUUGAAAUAUCAUUGAGAAUAUUGUCCACGGUCGGCAUGUACAAUCUACCUCAUAGCAUAAACGCAACAAUACACGCUCCAACAGAGACAAAUCGUUGUUGUCAACAACCGUUUUUGCGUGCCGAAACGAGUGAUCGAAGUCAGGAAGUUGGGAAUUUUACUGAUCCUACUCCUUCUAAUCUUUCCAUGUUGACAAGAUGUUUCGAGAAAAUGUUUACAGAUUUGUAUUUACGGAAUAAUAGUACAAGCUUGGAGUUUGUCCUACAACUGUGGUUUGCGCUGAAUACGGAUGCUACUACCGAACAAUCAGGCUCUCAGUUUGAUUCUUCAUUGAUUCCUUUAAUUCCACUUGGUCCAACAGCCGUUUCUAGCUUGAUAUCUGUGCUUUCUUGGCACACUGGAGUUUCUUUGCGUGCUUGGUGUCUUGCGUUGCAGUGUUUAACUAUCGUCUGUAAUCAACCACGAAGAUAUUCCAGUUUAGAUGGUUCAGAUGUUGCAUCUCUUAACGUUUGCAUAGCCAAUUGCAUUAUUAAGGAACGUAAUACCGGCCCUAUGCUGUUGCGUCUACUUUCCGGCAGCGGUUUAAAUAUCAAUAUGAUGGAUAAACAAUACAUUAUGGCUGGGCCUACAGUUUGUCAAGCGUUGCACAAUUUUCUCGUUAGGCUACAAGUGAUGUGCGAUGUUAUUACAACAGAUGGUUCUUUAGACAAUUAUCUGAAGGAUCUCCUGUUACGGGUCGUAUAUCAACUUGUGCAACCAGGUGGACCCCUUAUCUCGAGAAAAGGACCCUUAGACGCACAAUGUAAAUUAAUAACAUCUAUAGUUAAUUUAAAUUAUGUUAACGCCGAUUUGGGCACCGCUAUGAGUAUAUCCGAAUGCGUGGGUGUGUUAGUUUCGACUUACAUCAAGGGAUCUGAAGUUGGCGCGCAAUGUGGAGGUGCAGUUGAUUCGACCAAUCAGUCUGGUGGUUUCGGUGGCUUAUUUGCUUGUGUGCUCGGCGGCGACACGAGACAAGGUCGUCCUGCAUCAUGGGAUACUUUAAUUGUCGCUCUUAUUAAAUUAGUGUCUACGCUCUUUCAGACUCCGUUACCUAGUGCUCAUGAGGAUCAUUUAGAAGAAUCGGUAGAAGUGGAAUUAUCUGAAGAAAAUUUUAGAAGCAAUGCAAACGAUUCCCAAAUGGAAAUAAGCACUUCACAAACGGAUGAGAAAAAAGUAGCGGAAGGACAAACUGCGUCUUGUUCGCAACAAUCUAAGGCUAAUAAAUCUCGCGUACCGUGUCUUGCCGAUACUGUUCUGCAGCAUGAAUCGACCAUGAUGCGUUUAUUAAGCGCUCUUGGUCAUAGCACGGGAUCCUCGUUAGCCAUGCUUUUAAGCGAAAGUACGACCGCAGCAUCAACUGCUGAACUCGGUGACUCGACUUCGAUACCGGACGCGACGUUCCAGCUUUUAACAACCCUCAUGGAAAAGGCUAGCGAUCCAAUCCUAGUUCUCAAACCACUUUACCAGUACCUCUCUUCAUCGUGUGAGGAAACUGAAUUGGGAGUCAUGCAACUUUCGGAGUCUCUUCUUUGGUAUAUCUUGAGAGUGUUGGAUAAUGCGUCGUCAUUGUCUAUCUUUACGGCGAUGGGCGGUGUACGAGUUAUCUGCGAAAAUCUUGUCAGAUCAAGUAACAGCGGCACAGCUAGCGCUUCUAAUUCAUCCGGAGUGAUUGCCCUCGUCAUGGAACAUCUGUCGAACGCGCCAAACGUGAUGCAAAUGAUGGCAAGCAGUAGUAAAAAGGGCGUUAACUCACUGGAAACCCAUGACGAUGGUCUGUUGAACUUUGCGCCCCUUGGCACGAUAUCCUGGUUGAAUCCAACUGCGCAACCGGCGGAUGUUCUAAUACAGAAUGCCACUCCUCAUAAGCGUACGAGAACACCGGCAUGGUCCUAUCACUUUUAUCCCGACGAGGCGUGGGUCGAUCUCACGAUUACUUUACCGUGCGCAAUUUUGCUCAGAAAGGUGGAACUACAGCCGCAUCUCACGGCGUUGUCUACAUGUCCAUCAGCUGUAGCCCUUGAAAUUUCACGGGAAAGUAAUGGUCCUCUGACACCGGUUUGUCCACCAGUGCCGACAGCAGGUUUGACAUAUAUACGUGUCACGUUGUCACAACCGGAAGUCGCGACCUCCGUACUGGUGCGCUUAUACAAGCCACGCGAUUCAACGAACAUAAAUCUCAGUCAAAUUAGACUGUUGGGCACUACCGCAUUCGGUGAAAUUAAAACGAAUCCUGACGCGAUAGACGAAGAACAAUUAACAAAGACUAGUUUGGGUUGGUUGCGAUUACUCCAUCAGUGCUUAUCGGUAAGCAAAUUAAACAAUAAUCUGGCCAGCGAGGUGCUUAAUUCCGCGGCUUCGGUCAAUGGCCUGGUCGAGGCAUGCUGCAACCUGCUGUUACUCCCAGCACCAUCUCUCUUUACUCCAAACCUGGAGAGGGUUCUCUUACAACUUGGCUUACAUUCUCGAGAACUUGGACUUCGUCUAAUUGGUCUAUUACUUAACAACAGAUCAACUUCUUUUUUCCAAGGAGCUGCUACUUCGCAAGGAACGUCCAUUGUACAUUGUAUUGUUGAAUUACUUCAACAAUUGUGCUCCAUUCGAGAUUCCAGUACAGAGGCUCGCAUGAAAGCCGUUCUUACAUGGUUGCAGACUUCAGCUACGAAUGGAAUCUCUCACACAGAUAGUAAUUCCAAUUCUAUGAAUCCACCAGCUGUGUACAUUCACUGUGUGUCUUCCAUCAUUUGGAAGAUCCAUCAACAGCAGGAUCACAAUUAUGAUCUGCAAGCAUUGUUAACGGACGAGUUGUUCUACUCAUUAUACAAAUGGACUUUGACUCUCGGCAACAAUUCGGCCUUGAAACAAGCGAUCGAUUCUGUUCUGUGCGCUUUCUGCUAUAUGAGGCCAGCGCUGUUGAGCUUGCUCUUGGAAUGGGUGCAACUUUCGGUACCGAAUAUUGUAGCAGAUCAGUCUGUAUCCAUGUCUGACGAUAGUAAUGAGAACGAAGAGCAAAUGGAUUGCCGAUUUGCGUCGCUGAAGCGCAAACAUUUGCAUUUGACAGAGGGGCAAUUGCUGACUAUCGCCGCGGCAGCACGUUCGCCACCCGGUAUUCAGCAAUUAAUUGAUUCCGGUCUUCCAGCGUUAUUGACAGCGUCGAUCACAGAUUUCUGUAAUUCGGAGAAAUCAAAGUUACCACGCACUAGCACAAUGGCAUCGGGUGACAGUAACGAGAAUAAUGCGUUUGAAGAUGUCAGUUUGAUGGACCGUGAUAACGUGGCGUCUUCGUCUAGAACGAACAAUUAUCCUGGUGGAUUGUGCAUGACAAAACCAAAGAGUAUAACGGUAAUGAUAGAAUUUUUAACACUCGUAUGUUCGGAGGGCAAAAUGCGAGAUUGGCUUGGCCAAGAAGGUCGUGGCUUCUGGUUACCUCUUCUGUCUCUUCUUUGUAGUCGUCCCGUUGAAAGUCCAUCCACGUCUGUCUUUAGCUCUUCCAAAAGGGAUGCAUCAUAUGCAUCAUUGGAAAGUGCUAUGAUUAAAUUUUUAUCGAGAUGCUGCUGGUGCCAUUUGACUAACCAAAAGUUGUUGGCAAAACUUUUAACCGAAGUUAUUUCUCAACAACGGGUUACUUCCAACGUACGAUGUCUCCACGGCAUAUCUGCAUUUACACGAAGAUUAAUUUUGCAACUGCUCCUGGAGGGAGAGAAAGUAUUAGUUUCCGUAACAUCGGAAGCACCUAUGAAGGUUUCAGCAACCGCAGCCAAUCACAAUAUGCCAUCUACGCCACCACAUCCUGCUCAUCCCCUUGGCCAUUAUCAUCAAUUACUGUACUUGUCGACGCAAGCAACAAUAGCUGAUAUAUUGCAGCAGGUAUCAGGAACAUGGCUUCUCUUAUUACUUCCGAAUACAUACAAGGGUAACGAAACAAAUUCUAACGAAAAUAAUCAUUCUCGUGAGUUGUGGGAAUCUGGAAUGGCAUUAGUAGUAGACACGCUCAGUGUCGCCGCUGGAAAUACGGCAAAGGACAAACGAGCUAAGGAAGUAUCAAACAGAUCGCAAGCUCGUGGUCCCAUCAUCCGAAAAACACGUUUGAAUUCUGAUGGAACGCCAGUUACGGGCAAAACUCCGAGCAGUAACGUGCAAACGAAUGCAGCCAAUACAACGAAUCAACAAUAUCUGAUACAUUCGUCUCACCCGAAUACGCCUCUGCCACCUCAGCUUACGAUUGCGCAACUCUUAGCGAUCGCCGAGGAUAGCGGUAUCUCGUUAUCCGAACCGUGUUUACAUCUGGUUUUACGUCAACGUAACAAGGAUUCAAAAGACGACGCAUCGAAGCAAGACGACAGCGAGCUGUUAAAUUAUAGAAGUAUCGAGAGUUCGUUAGGCGUGUUCAGCGCUGGCGGUGGAUUGGCGGUAUUGGCACGCCACUUGCCGCUGGUAUAUCCCGAUCCCGGUAGGCCAUCCUUUUUCGUGGAGAAGUCACCGUCACCAGAACAGACGGAUGCUGAUUGGGUGAAGCUGGAAACCAAUGACGACAUGUAUGAAGAGGGCAGGACGAAUUGCUCGCCCAAGAUAUCAGUUCCCGUGCCAUACGUACCGCCGCAUUCUCUCACGGCCUUCGGUCUCUUCCUGAGAUUACCGGGGUACGCCGAGGUUCUGUUGAAAGACAAGAAAAGAGCGCAAUGCUUGCUGCGACUGGCUCUUGGUGUGUCGGACGAUGGUGAGGGCAGCGAAGUGUUGACAUCGCCGUUGGCCGCCUCGCUGCCGACCUUACCGUUCCAAAUACUGAAGCAGUUGCUAGACGCUACGCCGCCUAUGACCGAUGACGGAUUACUUCUACGAGGAACAGCCAUAGAAGUUGGCGCCAUGCUCCUACUGUUAAAUUGUUUGGCGAUAUUCACGCAUCAGACUGGACAAAACGAGAAUUUGUCCGCGCACAAGGCGGGUCAGAGUGGCGGUGGCAGCAGUGGGGUCGGUGGCGGCAGUGGCAGCGGCGGAGGCGGAGGAGGAGGAGGAGGACGCAGCGACGACAGUUCGCAUCUCUACUGGGCAAAGGGCACUGGUUUCGGUACUGGAUCCACGCAGCAGUCAUGGAAUGUCGAGCAAGCUUUGCUACGUCAACGGUGCGAGGAUGAGCAUGUAACAAUGUUGUUACAACUUCUUGCCAGUUACAUUGGUACAUCAGCAAGUGGACAACGCGAGCUACCCUCUCUGUUUCCUGAUUUACUGGCACGUUCUUGCCUGCUUCCAGCGUUAUCGUCAUACUUGCGGAACGACUCCGUUCUGGAUAUGGCCAGACACAUUCCUCUGUACCGCGCGGUUUUGCAACUGCUUCGAGCUAUGGCUCUGUCUAGCCAAUUAGCGCCGCUCCUCUUACCGCGCGCUGGAAAAUCCGGAGAACCGUCUGUAGUGUCCCUCCUGUCAAGCAUGAAAGUAUGCGUGGAUACGUACGUGAACAAGAUAAACCGCACGCGAGGCAACAAAACGAGCACGAAGGUCUCCAAGUAUCCCGAUGACACUGAGCAAGACGAAGGUCUGGCCACGCUGAUUCCCGAUAUACAGGAAAGCGCGACUAUAGUGCAAAAUGCCACGUGUCGAUUAUUCGGCAUGGGCGAAGAGUUGUUACCUGGCUCGAGUCCGGCGGCGCCGGAACAACCAUUGCGCUCGAGCCUCGAGCAGCGAUACUUGGAAGUGAUGAAAAAUCUGCAAUUUGAUACUUACGAAAUGAUAACCGAGAAUCCUGAUGGCGGUGGUUAUAAAUUUGCCGUUUCAUAUCACUUUGAAUCAAACGUAAGGGCUGCCGGCGAAAGAAGUCAUCCAACACGAGUGAAAAGAUUAGCCCAGGAAGCCGUUACGCUCUCGACAGCAUUGCCUUUAUCUUACAGCAGUAGCGUAUUCGUGAGGUGCGACGCAGAUAGAUUGGAUAUUAUGAAGGUACUCAUAACAGGACCAGCAGAAACGCCGUAUGCAAAUGGCUGUUUUGAAUUUGACGUGUACUUUCCUCCCGAUUAUCCUAAUAGUCCAAUGCUAAUAAAUUUAGAAACAACAGGUCGUCAUACCGUGCGCUUUAAUCCGAAUUUAUACAAUGACGGCAAGGUCUGCCUUAGCGUUUUAAAUACCUGGCACGGUCGACCCGAGGAGAAGUGGAAUGCGCAUACGAGUAGUUUCCUUCAGGUUUUAGUCUCGAUACAGUCGCUAAUCUUAGUGUCCGAACCUUACUUCAACGAGCCUGGAUAUGAACGGUCCCGGGGUACAGCGACCGGUGCUCAAUCUAGUCAAGAGUACAAUGCGAAUAUUUGUCAGGCUACCGCCAAGUGGGCGAUGCUCGAUCAGAUACGCAAUCCCUGCCCAUGCUUCAAAGAAGUAAUACAUAGCCAUUUCUGGAUAAAAAGACACGAGAUAGUUGCGCAAUUGGAAGGAUGGAUAAGAGAUAUGGAAAUGCAUGGAUCGGAUCGUCGAUCGGGUCGAACUAUUUCUCUCAAUGCGUUAUCUUUGAGGAGACAUUAUAGGCUACUGAGGGAGGAAUUGAAUAAACUGCCAACGCCCAAAGGAUUGGAGGACUUGGCCGAACCUCUUGCUUCGCCAGGAUCACCGAUCGAACUCGUGGCAACCCCGGGCACAUCACCAAAUACCCCGUCGACAGUUGCGGCGUCUAUGGCUACCACAGUGGUUACUCCUAUCACUGUAGCUUCGAUCAGUAACAGCAACGCAAGUAGUCACAUGCAUCAUGACAUCGAUACGGACGUCGAAAUGGAAAAGAUGGUUUCGAAAGUGUGUGAAUAGCUAAAGGAUAUUAAUAGACAUUGUUGGACAUUUUGAAAAGAGUCUAUUGUUUGCGUUACACAAUGAUGGACUAAAGUCAAGUGUGCAGGUAUCCUAUUCAGUUCAGGAUUAUUAUCGACAGUUGGGAUAGCAGGAGAUAGGACAAUUUAAGGGGAGAGCAAGCAGUGACGAGUUUUGAUCGAAUACACAAUAACACUAACAGUAACGAUUACCGUUAUGACGAUAUAAAAUUUAAGUAAAAUGAAAUUUAAUGAGGUGUGCUAGUACGAAAAAGAGAGAGGAGUAAAAAUUUACGAGAUAGGAAGAGAGCGCCUGUCUUUGUGUGCGUGUGUGCGAGAGAGACUCACUUUCCUACACUCGUAGGAAAGUGAAAAUAAAUAAACGAGAGAGAGGGAGAUAAAAGGAGAAAGAAAGAGCGGGAUAACAGAAGUUAAGAAUAUAAGCAGCGUGAAUGUAACAAACUCGUGCGUAGUAGACACUUUUUAUAGCCGCUGCUAUAGUACGUGUACGCUGCAUUCUACUACUUCUUACUACCAUAAGUACCGUAACAGUUAUUCUGAUAUUUAUUAUACAUGUUCCUCGUUUAUCUAGCGUAAUGUAAGAAUUCGGUCCACUUAUGUGCCGACUUUGAACGCCUCUUACUCUCUUUUUUCCACCACUCUUGCGAGAGUAUAUCAAGCUCCUUCAACAACAAUGCGGAGGGAGAGGCACUUAUCAAAGGAGGAGGUGCUAUCAAAGAGAUUCUAGAGAUUUAUUUCUUUAUCAAUUUAUCUUUACUUUCAUUAGUAACAUUUACUUACUUUCGUUAAUAAAUGUACAUGUAAUCAAAUGCAGCGUUAAAAUUAUCUAUAUUCUCAUAAAUAAAUCAUUUAACAUUUCACAUUUUCGUGCAAUAUUUUCCACAAUAUUCUUUUUUCUCACUAUAAAUCAUAGUACUAUAUUGUUAUAAUCACGCGAUACAUGGGGUUAUAUAUUAUUAUGACUGUUAUACGUCUUUUCUUGAAGCAGUUUCUUAAAUUGGUCUAUUUCAGUAAGUUUCACUUCAUUAAUUCAGGUAUUAUUUUUAUUCUCUCAAUUGCUAAGCCUCAAAUAGUCGUUGAAACGUAAACGAUGAACGGCGUUCAAAGAGCAGCUCAACGGUGUGAUCACUUUCGAGUUCUGAUGUAGCAAAUAUGCCUGCGCGCGAUUUAAUUUAAAUAAUGACUUGUCAACUAAAAAGAAAAAAAAACGAGAGAGACGACGAGAUCUAGGUUCAGUAUUAGGUAACAUUUAAUAUAAUAGUAUGUGUCCUUCGUACGUCGAUUGAAAGGACGAUUAAAAUAAUAUCCUGGAAAAACGGAAGAAACGAUGUCACGUUUGUCACAUAAACGAGAGUGGGUCUUUGUAAUUGUAACAGCUACUUAGUACACGUACAUUUCAUAUGAACCGACCAUAUGAACGAAUAAAGUCACAUUGUUUUGAAA